UAAGACACAAAUAAAACAGUAUGUGUAAAUGCGAUUGUAUGCAAAAUCCACCCAUAAAUUUUAUUAACUAACACGAGUUUGACAACUGGACUCGCGGGAAAUUAUUCUUGAUUUGGACAAAUAAUAAACACACCCCAGACCAUGAUGAAAAUAAUUAAUGUUUCAGCUAACUUACAUUGAAACUACAUCUAAAAUGGAAAUGACCCCCAAACGUGUAUACUGUUUAUUUAUCUGUCUAAGGUUGUUGUGAUUGUGGAACACAGCUCAAGGUGUCGCUAUCUACCAGUCUAAAAUAUAUUUCAUUCCCACUUCUUUGUUGACGCACCCAUCGGUUAUUCUAGAGAAAAGCAGAUGCGAUGAAGUGACCUCCCGUCGUGUUGUGUGUGUUAUUCUCGUGAUUUUAUGUGGCUCUAACUCAUAUCACGUAUUCAUUACAAUCAUUUCAACAUGGAUGCUAAAAUGAAUGCGUUGUUCUUCUGGAGCUGCUUUUCCGCCGUUCUGUUCCUUAACGCGCACGGAGACGUGAGCUAUUCUUUCCCGGAGGAGAUGAAACGAGGAUCAGUCAUUGGGAAUGUCGCCAAGGAUCUCGGGCUGCAGACGGGAGCGCUCACUAACAGGAGACCCCGCAUUGACACCGACGGGCCUGAAAAACGUUACUGCGAUGUAAACCUGAAUAACGGAGAGCUGAUUGUGGCCGACAGGAUUGACCGUGAGGGCCUUUGUGGUGAGAAGGCUUCGUGCAUCCUGAAACAGGAGCUCGUGCUGGAAAACCCUCUAGAGCUCCAUCGGGUCAGCCUUCAUAUUCAGGAUAUUAAUGAUAACGCGCCACAGUUUAAGGAGAAAAUGGUCAGUUUAGAAAUUCGGGAAUCUGCAGUCAGAGGAGCUCGUUUUGUGCUGGAGGAGGCGCAUGAUGCAGAUGUAGGACAGAAUGCAGUUCAGCAGUACAGCCUUGAAAGGAACGAUCAUUUUAUUUUAGCUGUUGAUAGAAAUAAAAUAGAGCUUGUUCUGGAUAAGGAGCUUGAUCGUGAAAAGUACAAGGAAAUAAAUGUGUUGCUGACAGCUUUAGAUGGAGGAUCUCCUCAGAGAUCAGGUACAGUAGUCAUUCAUGUCUCUGUGCUGGAUGCUAAUGAUAACGCCCCAGUGUUCAGUCAGGAGGUUUAUAAAGCCAGUCUGCCUGAAGACUCUCCUUUAGACACUCUAGUGGUCACAGUUAGUGCAGCUGAUGCUGAUGAGGGACUGAACGGAGAUGUGACUUAUGAUUUUGGUCAUGUGUCUGAUGAGGUCGUGAAAUUGUUUAGUAUCAACAGUAAAACUGGUGAAAUACGCACCAUUGGUUCUGUUGAUUAUGAAAGUACUUCCUCAUAUGAAAUACGUGUUAAAGCAAAGGAUGGUCUUGGGCUUUCAUCUUAUGCUAAAGUCAUCAUUUCUGUUACUGAUGUGAACGACAACGCCCCUGUCAUUAAUGUGAAAUCACUGACCACUCCCAUACCAGAAGACACCUCACCUGGUACAGAGGUGGGCAUCAUCAACGUGCAGGACAGAGACUCUGAGAAGAACCGACAGGUCCGCUGCUCCAUCCAGCAGAACGUUCCUUUUAAGUUGGUUCCUUCUAUCAAAAACUAUUAUUCUCUGGUGACCACAGGACAGCUGGACCGUGAACUAGUGUCUGAUUACAACAUUACAAUCAGUGCCACUGACGAGGGCUCUCCACCUCUGUCCUCCUCUAAAACUGUUCAGUUAUCUGUAGCUGACAUCAACGACAACCCACCUGUGUUUGAGGAGCAGUCCUACAGCACGUAUGUGAGUGAAAAUAACAAACCUGGCUCCACUUUAUGUUCCGUUAGUGCUCGAGACCCGGACUGGAGACAAAACGGUACCGUGAUUUAUUCUCUGUUACCUGCUGAGGUGAACGGCGCGUCGGUGUCCUCCUAUCUAUCAGUUAACGGAGACACGGGGGUGAUCCAUGCUGUCAGGUCGUUUGAUUAUGAACAGCUGAGGAGUUUUAAAGUCCACGUGAUGGCCAGAGACAACGGUUCUCCUCCUCUCAGCAGCAACGUGACCGUGAGUGUGUUCGUAUCAGAUGUGAAUGACAACUCUCCUCAGAUACUGUACCCCGCCUCGGAGGGCAGCUCCUUCAUGACCGAGCUGGUCCCCAAAGCUGCACACGGAGGCUCUCUGGUGUCCAAAGUGAUAGCGGUGGACGCGGACUCUGGACAGAACGCCUGGCUGUCCUAUCAGAUAGUCAGAUCCACUGAUCCGGGACUUUUCACUAUCGGUGUGCACAGCGGAGAGAUCAGGACGCAGCGGGACAUUUCUGAAUCUGACAGCAUGAAACAGAACCUGAUUGUAGCAGUGAAAGAUAACGGACAGCCCUCUCUGUCUGCCACCUGUGCCAUGUAUUUACUGAUUUCUGAUAACUUGGCUGAGGUGCCAGAGCUGAAAGAUAUUUCUUAUGAUGACAAGAACUCCAAACUGACCUCGUAUCUGAUCAUUGCGCUGGUGUGUGUGUCCACCUUCUUCCUGACCUUCAUCAUCAUCGUCCUGGGUGUGAGGUUUUGUCGCAGGAGAAAGCCCAGACUGUUGUUUGAUGGAGCAGUGGCCAUUCCCGGAGCUUAUCUCCCUCCUAAUUACGCAGAUGUUGAUGGAACAGGAACUUUACGCAGCUCCUACAACUAUGACGCCUACCUGACAACAGGAUCUAGAACCAGUGACUUUAAGUUUGUGUCAUCUUACAAUGACAACACGCUGCCUGCUGACCAGACUCUGAAGAAAAGUCCCUCUGAGUUUGUUGAUGUGUUUGGAGACUCUGAUUCUUCCCCAGAGGUACGAGUCCUUUUUUAUUCAAUAGCGUUUAACAGCAAAUCAUGAAGUACCUUAUAGAGUAUAUAUACCAUAUUUCUCUGUAGUCUAUGCCACUGAACAAAAAUGACAAAGAAAGUCCAUAAAACAGCUUAAAGACAAAAUCAAAAACAUGAUUAUAAUAGGAACAAACAUAAUGCUGAAAUGUAAUAAGACGGCAAGAACAAUUUUAAUGAAAUUAGCUCAGAAUUGUUAUUUAAAAGGCGGAGCAUCUGCGAUAAAUCUGAGCUCAGGUUUUUUCAUCGUGGUCUUCUGUAUUGUUAAAGCUAGAAUGCUAGGUACCGUAGCUUUUACGGGUUUAAUGGCUAGUGCCCCUGUUUUUGUCUCGGCAAUCCGGAAAAACAGCUUCAGAACCUGAGAGGAUUUGGAAAUUUACACUGUAAAACAGAUUUGCCUCACCCAGAAUGUGUCAUCGGACGAGAUUAGAACACGAGGGUGAUCAGGUCUCGGCGGCAGGAUUAGCUACGGCGAACGUCGGCAGUUUAGAGCUUUCUCUAUUACCAGUUGCACCAAACAAACACACAUAAGAGACAAAUGAGUACAAAAAAAACACAUUCACUCCCUUUUGAAGGUAAAACAGUCUUGCUAGCACAAACUUUGCAGACUUGGUUAUGUGAGAGAUGAGUCAGCGCUUUGAAAAGAUAUGGAUUAGGAGACAGGAGGCCCCGACUGUUUCAGCAAAACAAAACACAGCAAAAGAGAUUUUAACUGUAAAUAUGUGAACUAACAGAAGUGUCAUGAUUUGAAACGACUGGACUUCCUUGCCAUUAAAUAUGUAGCUUAAAGGACUG